CCAUUCUUCAAGAGAAUGUAUAUUUGCUGGGAGGCUUUGAAAAGCGGUCUUAGGGAAGGCUGCAGACCUGUUAUUUGUUUAGAUGGUUGUCACCUAAAAACAUCUUGUGGUAGGAUCUUGCUAACAGCAGUAGGCAUAGAUGGAAAUAAUUGCAUAUACCCAUUUGCAUAUGCAGUGGUGGAACAAGAAAAUAAGAACUCAUGGAAUUGGUUUGUGGAAUUGUUGAAAACACUA